CAUCCUGUUUCACCCCAAACAUCGCCGACUCAAGCCUCGUUCUCCACGGCAAUCGACUCCGCUUGGUCGAAUUACAUACAGAGGACACCACUUUCGAGGUCAUCAGACCUAAUCUCGUUCUAGGACGGCCGUCCCGACUUGGGCCUGGCCGUGGCUUGUGGCAGCCUCAUGCAGGUAGACCGCACAAUCGAAAUCCGAGGGGAAGAGAGGGUAGUGAGACAGCAGCGGAAGAAGCACAGCCGCGGGAUACUGCUAAUCAGCCAGCUGUUGAGAAAGGGUACCACCGAGGCAGCUGGAAAACCCGUGCAAUCUGUGGUUGCUGAUGAAGUUGAGCUCCUCGAAAAGGGUAGAGAGCAUGUUGAAGGCAUCCGAGAGAGAGCAUCGAAACGCGGGAAACGACAGCCUGCUGCUGCUGCUGCUGCUUCAUCUGCUGCGGCGAAGAAGGCGAAGCGCAAGGGGGCGGACGCAGCUCUCUCCGACCCUCUAGCAUUGGCUCAUGAUGGCGGGACUAGAAGCGGUGCUACCCCAGAGACUUCGCGGGAGGAAGCGGUGAGUUUUGAGUCGCUUCUGAGGUGCUGCUGA